GACACUCUGCUGCUGCCUGCCGUAACCUUGGGUGUAACCUAAGAGCUCAGCCCUGGGAGAUGAAACGGGAGAAAGCUUCACCCAGUUGGGCCGCCAGAGAUCUGGGCUUAUGUAGCCAGCUGGCACCAGGUGGAUAUUUCCUGAAUUAAUCAGAAGCUCUUGGAGUGCUAAGUACCCACCCCGUGGCGGAGCUGCUCCCCGCACCAGCCCUUUCCUGGGUGGAGCAUGUGGCAGUUAGGGAUACUCAGCAGCAGCCUGCCCCAGGCUGGCAGACCUGGUACAGCUGACACUCAGCCGGAUCUCCUCAAUUUCAAGAAGGGAUGGAUGUCCAUACUGGAUGAGCUGGGAGAGUGGAAGAAACACUGGUUUGUGCUAACGGACUCGAGCCUGAGAUAUUACAGGGACUCCAACGCGGAGGAGGCCGAUGAGCUGGAUGGUGAGAUCGACCUGCGCUCCUGCACAGAAGUGACGGAAUAUGCCGUGCAACGCAACUAUGGCUUCCAGAUACACACAAAGGAUGCCACCUUCACCCUGUCAGCAAUGACCUCGGGGAUCCGGCGGAACUGGAUCGAGGCACUAAGGAAGAAUGUGCGCCCAGCCAGUGCACCGGAUGUCACAAAGCUAUCUGACUGCAAUAAGGAAAACUCCUUCCGCAGCUGCGUUCCCCAGAAAGGCUCCUUCAGGUCAGAGGAGCAGUGGCCAGGCUUGGGGUCGGAGGUUAUCUCCAAGGGCAGUAACCGGAAGGUGGAUGGGUCUCACCACACCUUUGACUACGUGGAGCUGUCCCCCUUGCAGCAGGGCCCCUUGAAUCAGGGGUCCCUGCAGCGGACGAGAGGCAGUUUGAGGGGGAUCUCUGACCGAGUCACCAAGCAGGAGGACCUGGAACGGGACCUGGCCCUCCGCUCUGCGGAGAGGCGGAAGUGGUUCGAGGCUCCUGACACCGGGGUCCUGCAGGGCGAUGGCCCAGCAGGGGCCCUCUGCUGGAAGGCAUGUGAGCAGGAGCUUCUGGGGCCCACCCUGUCGGAGGACCAGCGCAGUCGGCUGAGUGAAGAGAUAGAGAAGAAAUGGCUGGAGCUGGAACGGCUUCCCCUGAAGGAGUCUAAGCGCCUUCCCCUGACGGCACUGCUGAACCAGAGCAAGGGGGGCCAUGGAGACACGAGGGAGGCGCUGGAGAAAGAGGUCCAGUCCCUGAGGGCACAGCUGGAGUCCUGGCGUGCCCGUGGCGAGAGCCUUCGUGACACAGGAAAAUCCCAUGGAGAUCGCCACAUGCCCCAGGGCUUCAUCUCCCAGGAGGCAUGUGAGCGCAGCUUGGCAGAGAUGGAAUCUCUUCACCAGCAGGUCAUGACUGAGCUCCAGCGGCACCAUCAGCGGGAGCUGGAGCGGCUGCGGCUGGAGAAGGAGCGGCUCCUGGCUGAGGAGGCUGCGGCCACAGCUGCAGCAAUUGAAGCGCUGAAGAAGGUACACAAGGAGGAGCUGGGCAGGACACGCAGUUUCCAGCAGAGCGGGUCAGGCUCGGAGGCCCUCCGGAGACAGCACCAGUCGGACGUGGACUCUCUGAAGCGGGAGCUGCAGGUUCUCUCCGAGCAAUACUCCCAGAAGUGCCUGGAAAUCGGCGACCUCACAGAGAAAGCAGAAGAGCGGGAGCAGAUGCUGCAGCGCUGCCAGCAGGAGGGGAAGGAGCUGCUCCGGCAGAACCAGGAGCUGCAGACGUGCCUGUCAGAGGAGAUCCAGAGGUUACGGACCUUCAUCACCGCGCAGGGCACAGGGGACGGGGCCUUGCACAACGGCGAGAGGAGCUCCUGUGAGCUCGAGGUGCUGCUUCGAGUGAAGGAGAAUGAACUCCGGUACCUGAAGAAAGAGGUUCAGUGUCUUAAGGAUGAGCUCCAGAUGAUGCAAAAGGAUAAGAGAUUUGCUUCAGGGAAGUACCAGGACGUCUAUGCAGAGCUGAACCACGUCAAGCUGCGCUCGGAACGGGAAAUGGAGCAGCUGAAGGAACACCUGCGCCUAGCCAUGGCAGCGCUGCAGGAGAAGGAGACGCUGCGCAAUAGCAUCAGCGAGUAGAGGUUUGUUUUGCUCGAUUCCUCACUUGUGGGGAGCGGGUGGCUGCAUCCCAUCCAUUAACACCCCCUCAAGGAAACCAGCUCCCAUGUCUUUCACCAAUCCCCAUCCCAUGCGCCUGCGUAUCUGAGCACAUCGUUUGGACUGGCUCCUACGUGCACCUUCUUCAGGAUUUUAUAUGUGAAAAGAUAUAUUUUAUAGAUACUUCACUUUUUUGUUUUGUGGGUGGGGAACAUUUUAAAUCUACAGUAUCUUUUUAACCAGCAGCUGAAGACAGAAGAAACACAGCUGUUGCUCCUGCCUCAAAUGCUCCUUGUAGGGUGCAUCUAUGGGGUCACGAGUGGCCUUCUCCCCUCUUAUCUCCCUGCUCCUCCAGCCUGCUUGGAUGUGCUGGAAGGACCAUGCACCAUGAGACAGACUGUGGCUAGCCAUACAAGAGAACCAAUGUCCUGCACACGUUCCCCUGGACGAGGAGAUGUGGACAGAGUGUGCUCAAGCUGUUGGGGACUGUGCUCUCACUCUGUGGACUGUAUCGAAGGCAGAUUUCGGUACCCAUGGGCCAUGUGUCUGUCCCAGGGCAAGGCCAGUCCCCUGGAGGUUUUGGAAGAGCCUGCCUCCUGCUAACACACUCCUGAGGAGAAGCAGGGGGACUCCACACGCACGACCGCUGCAUUCGCCGGAGCCAAACAAUGAAGGCGGCAACUGCCCUUCCGCACCGUUAAUAGUUUAACUUAAUAAAAUCUUCAGCUAUCA